UCGCAGAGAUUUGAGAGGAAUAGAUGGAUUUGGGACUUCCCAAAUCCAUCGCCAACAUCUUCGCCGCUCGGAACAUCGCCACCGCCAAGGUCAACGGAGUUUGAGCUGAUGGAGUUGCUAGAUGUGGGGUUGGCAGAAGUGAGAUCUGCAUUAGCACACAUCAGUGAGAAGGUCUGUCCACCUUUUCAAACUGCAUUGUCACUGAUGGAGCAGAGGGUUCAAAAUGAGAAGUUUUCAGGCCAUCUUCCAACAGGUCUGGAAGGAUUAGAUACGGCCUUAUGUCGUGGAAUCCCAUUUGGUUUUUUGACUGAACUGGUUGGUCCUCCUGGAAUUGGCAAAACGCAAUUCUGCUUGAAGCUCUCUUUAUUGGCCUCAUUACCAACGAGUUAUGGAGGGCUGAACGGCCGUAUGAUAUAUAUUGAUGUUGAAUCCAAAUUUAGUUCAAGUGGGAUCUUAGUUUUGUGGCCAACAUCACUUUCUGAAUUCACUCAAAGUUUGCAGCAAAUAAAAGUUUCACUCCUCCAAAACCAAGUGAAGAUGUUGGUCAUUGAUAGCAUGGCCGCUCUAGUUACAGAGUCACUUGCUGAAUUUUCACGAAUUCCUGUUAUAGUGAUGAACCAAGUGAGAUCUCAAAGCCAUGAUCAAGCCUGCCAGUAUUCCUUUCAAAUCCAUAACAAGAGGGAGACUUUAGAGACUCCUGCAACAUCCAAUAUGCAUCUGGUUGCUGCUCUGGGUAUUAAUUGGGCUCAUGCUGUAACCAUUCGUCUUGUGCUGGAAUCUAAUCAGGUCAGAGGUUCAUUCAGUUAGCAAAAUCUCCAUUAUCUCCACCUCUUGCUUUUCCUUUCCACAUAACUUCAUCAGGGAUUUCCUUACUAAAUCAUGAUAGAAUAGAACUUACGGGACCAGAGAUAAACUCAAUUCACUAUCAAGGUUGGCAAAACUGUUCCAUGCAUUAAGAACUGUUCAUUACUGAUGUUUUUGUAAUUUUGAUCUUCCACUGAAGAAAAUACCAUAUGAAGUUAUAACCGUGUAAAUAGGUUCAACAUUCACCUGUGCUAGCAACUCGGGCUGCAAGUAUUCAGCAACUCUGGAUGUUUUUGCAGGAAGGCAAGAUUGGGGGAGGAAUAUAUCAAUAAAUAUGCAAGGCUUGGGGUUUGGCUUGCGGUUCAAUUACUUGGUGGGCAAGAUUAGAGAGUUUUUUUGAGGUACUCCUAAGACCCACCAUAACUGGGGUAGUCAUUAGUCAAUAUAGUUUCUAAUAGUUC